AUGUACUCGAUAUGCUGCAGUGAAGUAGAAACGGAUAAAGACUACUCAUGUGGUUCAUCAAAUGGAUCGAGUGUUUACCUGUGCACUGGCCGUUGCUCAAAAGUCUGCCACUACGUAUCGACUUGCAUUGAGAAAGUGCAACGCUUCGAUCCAUGCAUCAGUGAGAAAUAUACUGCGGCAAACUGGAUGAAAGGUGACAUUAUACAGCUGAUUGAAAAUAUCGAGGUCCCAGGUCGAUCAUUCCGGCGACUGGAUCCGUCGAAAUCUGAGUCGGUUCCGGCAGGUUCCUUGCCGCCGGAUUCCGGUCGGAAUUGCACAGGAAAUAUCCGACCAGCUCCUGACCGUUUCCAGCUCGAAGUUUGCAGGAAACCGUCAGGAAAUGACUGGAAUCUACGUUUGAACUUCCGGCCGGAAUCCGGUCGCAAGGAAAUGUUCAAUGAGAAACUCUUUUACUUCAAAAUUAAAAAACAGGCUGAAAGCUAUAACGAAACGUUACUCACUCCAAGUCACAAAGAUUCUCUUGAUAUUACCCAAGAUUUAGGAGGCCUCGACCUGUCAGAUGAUGAUACCACUGCUGACUAUGAACCUGAGGGAGAUGGUUAA